ACGUGUGGAUUCAGUCACACGCAAGGUGAAAUUUGAUUCGCCCUCAGCACGACACACGACAUCAAUCCCUUUGUACCAGGGGAGAGGUUUUUUUUUUUUUUUUUUUUUUGGAUCGUCAUCAUACACUAUAUAACCAAUUGAUAUAUCCCCGAUAUUCAGCGGAACUAUUCAGACAUCUGCUGCACCUUGGAUAAAGAAUUUCUCCCACAUGGCAACGACACUUCCAUCAGAGCUUGUUCAGUUAAUCCUUCUCUUCACCGAUGCGGAAACAUACCACUCAGCACGGGUAGCAUGUAGUCAUUGGCGACACGCUGCCUCUGUUCCUUUCAUGCUGAAGACAAUCCUGGAACAAACACCGAUGUCACUACCCCCAAUCCACCUCGCUGAAGAAGAAGCAUGGAAUACAUCUUUCAACCAGAUCGCCAACCUCAACCUAUUAGGGCAACGUAAUCAUAUCACCAAAACAGUCUCAAACAGGGAAAUACCCCAGGGAUGCACCACCACCACAGCCCUAGAAUUGUCGAGCGAUGGCAAGAAGCUGGUGGCAUUGAAAGGAGCCAGGGUGAUGAUUUUCGACUUUGGGAACGAAAGCCAUCAUUUCGAAUUCGCCCUCGCCCAAUCCUUAUAUCCCCUCUGGACGAGUGUGUGCCGGGCAUUGACAACAGGCGGCAUGGGCGGUUUCGCGGUCAACCAACGCUCUGCGAAGCACCAACUUGCAGUGUCGACAAAUGGAAAUCUAGUAGCUGUCGGACUGGGCAAGACGAUUCAGAUAUACGACGUUAGCAGCAAGGAAAGCAUCGCAUCCCCGGCGGAAUACAUAAUAGGUGAAAGCGAGGCAGUAUUUCUCUCGACACCGGGUCCGAAUUACCAGGAACCAGACGGCGUCAUCGAAUCCCUCGAGUUCGCGGACAACGACACAUUACUUCGAGUUGUCACUGGCAAAGAAACUACGGCAAAUAGACCCAACCGGGUACAAUACCUAGGAAACCCCUCAUCAAUGACUAACAACCAGUCUGGUCUAAACUAUUGGCAAACAAACAUCAACCGCAUAUACCUCGAUUCUUUCGCUCUAGCCCUCUCAUUCCGAGAACACGACGACGAAAAAACAGCCUUCAAAGGACUCCGCCUGCUACCACAGACCUCCCACCAAGACUCACAACAACCAGCCCCAGACAGCAGAUUCUUCAUCUCAGCCCUCCAAACAACCGACACAAACGAAUACUGCAUUGCCCACGUCCCCAUCUCCACAACUCCCCAAACAAUCACCAUCCACCACCGCCUCCUAUCCAAAAGAUCCUACAUCGGCCCCCAAGCCUGGAAUAACACUCACCCCCUCGACCAACUCAAACUCAUGGAGACCAUCACCUCAGACAAAGACAUGAUCUCGCAUAACCUCCACAUGGCCGAGGACCGAUGGGACCAUACCAACCUGCCCGCCGCGACAGUCUCGUGUCCCGUGAUGGCCGCUUCGGACGAUCAAAAGUUAAUGGUUGUUUAUGAGGCUGGUGCGGGUCAUUCGUAUCGGUUUUCGAUGGGUGGUGCGUUGUACGUGUACAGUCUUGAGAGAUAUACACCGGUUUGGUGCGGUGGUGAAGAAACAAUAUCAGCAUCGGCUUUAACGGAUGAUAAGAGUACCGACUCUCUCCAGUCUUGGUCUUAUCUACUUGAUAUUAUCGAUGUGGAUGUUGAUAGUUUGCGGGUACAAAAGACUUCAUCACUGGAAAGUUCACGGCAAGGAGGGAAUGGUUACCUCAACUCAUAUACGGUUACAGCGGUGACUGAAAAACAGGUGUUGGAGUGGCGUUUGAAUUAAUCUUAGUCUUAAUAUCUUUAGCGCAUAUUUCUUUUUGUUUAAUCGAGGCUUGGGACCAAAUUAAAAGACUGAAGAGCUAACCCCCUCGCAUAUUCCCGAAUCGAUUUUAAAGAAUGUAUGUUCAAUUAGAGAAGGUGUCUAUAAGAUACGCUACCUAGAUAAAAUCACAUAUGCUGAUAAUGACAAAAUCAACGGGGGGUAUGGCAUGAAAAAGUCUUCACUUCAAAUGCGUUCAUGUGGUGCCGCAAUGAAACACUACAGAAGCAAAAAGAAAUACAAGAAAUUAUAAAAAAGAUAAAACGUCAGCAAACGACAGAAAAGAAGGGAGAAGAAUAUAUCAAAA